GAUGCAGCAGCUCUUCUACGAGAACUACGAACCGAACAAGAAGGGCUACAUCCGAGAUCUCCACAACAGCAAGAUCCAUCGAGCCAUCACCCUCCACCCCAACAAGAAUCCUCCGUACCAGUACCGCCUACACAGCUACAUGCUCAGCCGCAAGAUCGCAGACCUGCGCCACCGAACCAUCCAGCUCCACCGCGAGAUCGUUCAGAUGGGGCGCUACGGAGCGGCCGAGCCAAGCCGAGAGGACCUCCAGCUCGGCAUGCCGCCUUCAUUUAUGCGCUUCCACCCGCGACAGAGAGAGGAGGUCCUGGAGUGGGAGUUUCUGACGGGUAAGUACCUGUUCUCAUCGUCUGAUGGUCAGCCGCCCCGCCGCGGGAUGGACUCCUCUCAGAGGCAAGCCCUGGACGACAUCAUCAUGCAGGUGAUGGAGAUGAUCAACGCCAAUGCAAAAACACGAGGGCGGGUGAUUGAUUUUAAAGAAAUCCAGUACGGCUACCGGAGAGUGAAUCCAUUAUACGGAGCGGAGUACGUCCUGGAUCUGCUGCUGCUGUACAAGAAGCACAAAGGGAAGACCAUGACGGUUCCCGUGAGGAGGCACGCCUACCUGCAGCAGACCUUCAGCCAGAUCCAGUUCAGAGAGGAGGGCGAGAUGGACGCCCAAGCUCUGGCCAGCCACAUCAACAAGGACUCGGACUCCCUCUCAUUUCUGUCCAACUCACUCAAAAUGCUGGUGCCCUUCAAGCUCGCCACCUCCGGUCAGGACCAGAGGGAGCCCAAAGAGAAGAAAGUCAACAUCUUGGUUCCUCUGUCGGGACGCUACGACAUCUUCGUGCGCUUCAUGGCCAACUUUGAACGAGUGUGUCUGAUCCCGAACCAGAACGUGAAGCUGCUGAUCCUGCUCUUCAGCACGGACAACAACACGGAACGGGUCAAGCAGGUGGAGCUGAUGCGGGAGUAUCACAUGAAGUAUCCGCGGGCCGAGAUGGAGAUCAAACCAGUCGCCGGCUCCUUCUCCAGGGCUCUGGCUCUGGAAGUGGGCUCCUUGCACUUCACCAACGAUUCGUUGCUCUUCUACUGCGACGUGGAUCUGCUCUUCACCAGCGACUUCCUCAAGCGAUGUCGGAGCAACACGGCUCUCGGAGAGCAAACCUACUUCCCCAUCAUAUUCAGCCAGUACGACCCCAAGGUGGUGUACGCUGGGAAGGUCCCCAGCAACAACCACUACGUCUUCACCUCCAAGACGGGUCUGUGGAGGAACUACGGCUUCGGGAUCGUCUGCGUCUACAAGGGAGACUUGCUCCGGGCCGGAGGCUUCGACACCUCGAUACAGGGGUGGGGGCUGGAGGACGUGGACCUUUUUAAUAAAUUUGUCCAGUCAGGGAUUAAGUUGUUCAGAAGCACAGACACGGGGAUAGUGCACGUCCACCACCCGGUCAUAUGUGACCCCAACCUGGAGGCAAAGCAAUAUAAGAUGUGCCUGGGCUCCAAAGCCUCGUCGCACGGCUCCACGCAGCAGCUGGCCGAGCUGUGGCUGGAGAAGAACGACCACGGCUUCAGGAGACUGGCGAGCAAUAACGGCUCGGUUAGGACAGCGUGAGAAAAAGGCUGUUUUCACUACCUAAUUUAUUUUUUACUGAAAUGAAAGACUGAACGUGGAUAUAUUUUGAAAAUAUGUCUUUUUUUUUUAAAGAAAAUAUACAGAAACGCCAUGAUGAACAAGUCAUAGAGACAGACUCAUGAUCGAAGGAAUAUUGACAAAUAUUCUGAGCCUGAGGGGUCCGAGGCUCCUCUCGCCUGUUACAUGUCAUCAGUCAGGACGGUGGGAGGAGGACAGGCGGGUUAUUGAUGUGUACCUCAGUGAAGUACACCGUCUUGGUCCUUAAAUAUUCCAUUUGUCCUGUGUGCAGAAACAGACUGGUGUCCAUGUACUCUCAGACCAGCAGUGCUCCAAACAGAACUAUUGAUUGUGAAUGUUUACAAAAGACAACAUUUUAUCCAUUUAAAAAAAACAAAAACCAUCAGAUCACAGCUAUUCCAAUAAUUACUAAAGGCCAUUGCAUUCGAUAAUUUCAUUUACAGUCAUUUUUCCAUUU